AUUCACUUCUGUUUCUGAAUCUGGGUAUUUUUUUUUCUGUCACUUUUUGGUCGUUUUCUUUGGGCUUUCAAUUCUCUCUUUCCGGGUCCCGUCAGCGUCACUGGACGUUAGAGAUUUUUGUUACCUCAAGAGUUUUAAUACAUUUUUAAUUUGGAAAUUGUGGUUGGUUUUAUCCGUUGAAUCUGGGUUUUUGUUAUUUUCUGUAUCUAUCACUAUAAUAUAUUUUCUGAUAUGAAAGCGGAAGUAAUAUAUUUUUCCAUUUCAGGUUAAAGUUGCUUCUGCUUUUAACCUUUAUAAGUCUUUGUUUUUACAUUGUUCGCCCUCAUUUAUGCAAAGUUGCUUUUUUGAUGGUUAUAUUGUUCUUGACGAAGCUUGAGUAGUGAUCCAUUUGACUGAAUGGGGGAUCAUCUUGCAUUGCUGGUGGAUCGGUUGCUAACUGAAUCAACCAUUGAAACUGCUAUAGAGAGCAACAACCAGUUGUUGCAGCAAGCUGCAGCCUUGGCAAAUAAAAAUAGUAUGGCCGAACUUUCUUCUCACAGAGUGGAUAAAGAUAUUGGUUUGUCCCCAAGUAAACUGGUAGAGUGUAGGAUUUGCCAUGAUGAGGAUCAAGACUCAAACAUGGAAAUUCCUUGUUCUUGCUGUGGCAGCUUAAAGUAUGCCCACCGUAAGUGUGUUCAGAGAUGGUGCAAUGAGAAGGGUGAUACUAUCUGUGAGAUUUGCCAUGAGCAAUAUAAACCUGGCUAUACGGCACCUCCUCCACCCUUCCACUAUAUUGAUAACUUCAGGGAAAAUUGGGAGAUUUCAAGAAGGGACCUGCACAACCCUCAUUUUUUAUCCAUGGUUACUGCUGAUCAUGAAUUUCUGGAUUCCAGCUUUGAUGAGUAUUACUCAAUCAGUCCUAGAAGCCUUUUGUGCUGCCGUAUUGUUGCUAUAAUUGUACAUUUCAUGGUUCUUCUGGUGUUACGGCAUACUCUCCCAAUCAUAAAUAGUGGGACUGGAGAAUAUUCCUUGACAUUGUUAUCGUUAAUGCUGUUGAGAACCAUUGGGAUCCUGUUGCCUAUCUAUAUCAUGGUUAAGGCAUUCCAUGCCAUCCAACGUCGUCGAAACCAACAGGAUACCCGUUCAUCGCUUGCUGCAACAGAUGAAGAAAAUGAGUUGCCACGACUGCAACAUGCUCGGUCACGUCUUAUUCAUGUUCAAUGAUUCUGGCAACCCAAGUCACAAUUAGCAGAACCAAGUAGCACUGUAUAGUGUACAGAGAGUUAUGGCCGAAGAGCCUCAUACAGCUGCAAAUGGUGUGGCUUUGGUAGGUUAUAAUUUAAAGAGCAAUUAUCCCUCUGGAUCUUUGGAUGGAAAAUAGUAGAGAGAUCAAUGCUUUGUGAUGUAUUUAUGAAUUCUGAUGAGUAUAUGUAUAGUUGCAAGGGUAUUUAAAAAGGUAGGUAACUCUAGCAAAGCAUUAAAAAAAAAAAAAUGCAAAGAAUCUGAGCUGAUUUGGAUGUUGCAACUGGAAAUAAUAGGGUGUGCAUUAAUUUACCAA